AUGACCUGGCGAGAAAUUCCAUUCAGACGCAAGAGACUUUUGGGUUUGCUCAUUGUCACCUCGGACAGGUGCAGGCGCGGGCAUCGGGUAAUCGACUCCAUCAGGCAUCAUCUUGAUGGGCGCACUGCCCCCCUGGAAAUGUUCCCGUGGAAAUAUUCCCUUGGAUCCAUCAGACAGUAUGGUGGUGAAAUUAAAUUAAAACCUCACCCUAUAGACCUGUCCGUCCUAUGUAAGCUCGGUCGGUUCGUGGUGCGCCUACACGCGGGAGGCGGUCUACGGGGCGAGCCGAUGGUGAUUAAUGACGGUGACCUCGCGCCCACCUCCGUCGCUGCCGGAGUACGUCUCGACUGCCACAUGCCGCGCCGAGCAAGCUCC